AUGACCUCUCUUGAUCUGCACAACUCCAACUUCAGCGGUCAUGUCCCUUUAGAGAUAUCCCAUCUUUCCAAAUUGGUUUAUCUCCGACUUGGUGGGUAUUGGGGGUAUAAAGUCAUGAUAGGGGAAAAUACCUUUAAAGCACUUUCUCAAAACUUAUCCAACUUGACAUGGUUCUUCCUAGCUGGUACUGAUUUGUCUUCUCUCCCACCAGUACUCUCUUUCAAAAACUUCUCAUCCUCUUUAAUCUAUAUAGAUCUCGACAAUUGUAAGUUGAGUAGGAAGCUACUUGAGAGUAUUUUUGAGUUGUCGAAUCUCACCGUUCUUUAUUUAGAAGAUAAUGAAGCACCAAAUGUCUCUCUCCCAACAUCUAAUAGGAGUAGUGCACUUAACCGUUUAACUCUCCGUAAUAACACCUUCUCCAUUGACUUACCUCUUUUAUUGAAAGAUAUCCCAAAAUCUUUAUCUUCUUUGCAAUUAAGUUUCAGUAACUUAGUUGGUCCACUUCCGGACAACAUUCAAUUUUAUGACUCGUCAAACCAUCUCGUGCAUAGUGCUCCAAAUUUCACUGUUUUGAUUUUAUCAAACAACUUACUCAACGGGACAAUACCAACAUGGAUAUAUGCCUUGCCGUAUUUGGAGUAUUUAGACCUCAGCGACAACCAAUUUACUGGGGAGAUAAUUCGUGAUUUUGAAACUACUUCAUUCGGUGAAACUGUGUUUUUGGGCAUCACUCCAAGAUCCACAUUUCAAAGUCAAAACCUCCGACAUUUGGAUCUCUCAUCAAAUAAGUUCAGUGGUACUUUGGAAUUGGAAAAGCUUUUAAUUUCCAAAAGGUUAGCAUAUCUUGACCUUUCCUCUAAUAAUAUUUCAGUAACUUUUGGAAACACCAAAAACUAUAGUUUGGAUAAUCUUGAGGAAUUACAUCUGUCUUCUUGCAACAUUACUGAGUUCCCACACAUUUUAAAAUCUUCAAAAAUAUUAUCUACCUUAGAUCUCUCCCAUAAUCAGAUUCAAGGAAGUGUUCCUAAAUGGUUAUGGGAGGUGGGAAAGAAUUCUCUCGACACAUUGGAUCUCUCUCACAAUUUUUUAACAUAUAUAGAGCCUCUUCCAUGGAAUGGGUUAUCAUAUCUUGAUCUCAGCUCCAACUCGUUCUCAGGACCUCUUCCAAUUAUUGCAUCAUCUCUUCUAUGGUUCUUCUCAGUAGCCAAAAAUCAAUUUGUGGGAGAGAUCCCAACUUCCUUUUGCAACAUAUCACUCCUUGCGGUGCUUGAUUUAUCUUCGAAUAACUUGAGUGGUAUCAUUCCUCGAUGCAUUGUAAAACAUAGUAAAGUUCUUUCGGUCUUGAAUUUUGCUAGGAACAAAUUAUAUGGUACUAUCCCCAACACAUUUUCAGUAGGAAGUACUUUGAGAAAUCUCAAUCUAAAUGGAAAUCAUUUAGAAGGCUCAUUGCCAAGAUCACUAGAAUAUUGCAGAAAUCUUCAAGUUCUAGAUCUUGGAAAUAACAUCCUCAACGACUCAUUUCCUCACUGGCUAGACUUUCUUCCAACCUUACGGGUUUAA